AAAGUAUAUGACUUUGAUAACCUAAGUAUAUAAAAUAUGAGAUACAAUUAUUAAUAGAUAAAAUAAUAUCCAAAACAUGCACUAUCUCCUGUUUAUUUUUCUUCUUCCCAUAUUGCCCCUAAAUUUCUCCAUGUCAUCAGAAAAUUCUCUCCAUGUCAGCAGAACAAUUUCAAACUAGGAACUUUUUCUCAAAACUGAAACACAAAUAAACCCGACUGAAAACCAAAAGUAGGAAUCUCUCAAUUUUCACUUGCGUAAUUUCCUCAUGAAAAUGUCUUCCAUCGGAACUUCAAAGGGAAUCCUGGAAGUCGGAAAGUUCGCUCUCUAUGUCUCAAUCCCGAUUGGCCUGAUGUAUACUUUGGCAAACAAUUCCGAGAAUAUGAAGAAGCUCAUCCAGAAGGAUUGUCAACCUCUUUUGGGAAGUCCGAGAGCAAGACAAGAGUUGACAAGAUCGGGUCUUAAUCUAAGGCCUCUUCAACAGGGGGAGACCUCGAAACCCUUGAGUGGGUUGACGAAGUCUGACCAGUUUGUGAAGAUUGAUCAAACUGUUAGUAGACCUGUGUUGCUUGAUACGCAAGUCCUGAGAAAACUAAGCUCAAGCCAUCUCCAAAGAAGAAGAAUGAAAGGAAGGGUUGCAGAGAGAGGGAUUUCUAUUUAGUGGGAGGGUACCUUUUUGUGCAUCCAAAUUUUUGAGUACCGGAUUUCGGUUUUGCCUGGUUUGGCUGUCUUGGGCUGUGAAUAAACUGAGGGACACCAUUGUCCAUAUAAGCAAGAACUCUGGCAAGUUAGGUUUGAAAGAAGAGGAAAUGAUGAAGAGAGUGGACAGAAGUGUGAAUGAGAUUUUCUUCAGAGCUACAACAGUGAUGGCAGUUGCAGUGCUGAGACUUGCAUGAGCGUCAAGAUUAAGCAAAAUGAAAUACUAAAUAUAUUGAAAAACCUUUUGAGGGAGAAGUGAGCACAAUUGUACAUGUAUGAGCUAAGCUGAGUGACAAUGGAACGGGUUCUACAUAAUAGUGACGAUGACAAUGGUGAGAACAAUGGCAUGUCACUGGCUGAUUGACGCUGCAGGGCUAGAGUGCUGUUGGGCCAAUCCAUCAGGAGACGAAAGCGCAGAGAACCUAAUGGAGGUCCAAGACAGAGUAGAAUGAUAUUUAGAAGGACAAGGCCCCUAUGGUACUUGGAAAUGAAAGGCAGGGGCCGGGGAAAGUUUCAAAGUUCUUUUAGUUUUUAGGGAAAAAAUAUCAUAAAAAAAAUUAAAAAAAAAAUGGAUUUGACAAUACUUUCCUCCUCUAUCUGAUUUUCAUGCAUUUGAUUCUCAUUUAUGUUGAUAAAAAUAACUGGGAAAACUGACGUUGGGAAAAUGGUGUUCAUUUUUCCCUAUAUGUAAUUGCCUAGUUUCAUUUUCCAUGAAAAACCCUAUAUGCAAAAUUUGCUAAAUGUAGACAUAUAAUUUCUUUAGUUCAAUUUGAUCCUCUUAUAUGCAGCAGGAUGAGAAUGUUGAAUACA